AUGCAGAUUGGCCAAUGGGUUAUGAUUUAGCAGAUUUUCAGGAGACAAACAUUUCGGGGUCUAUUGGUUCUGUAAAUUAUCUUUAUUCCUCUCGCUAUAAGGCCUGAUUUAUUUAGUCUGUCACGUAAUAUAUGUUUUGUGUGUCAGUAUUUAAUAGUAUAGUCUAAGAGUCGUUCAGAAAAAUAUUUAAAAGCCGUAGAUAACAUGCUCUUGUUGCAUGGGACAGCUAGUUAUCCAUACUAGCUACUCUGCCUAGCUAAUUUCGAGGCUGUCAUAUCAAUUAUCAGCUGGGUUGCUAUCAACAAGCUUGCCAGUUAAUUGUACAAACGUAUCAAAACGUCAGCUACUAAAGGACAGCAUUGGAAUGAGCAGGUGACAUCACACUCCAGCACUGAAUUGACGUUUGAAUAAGGUCCUACGACGUACAUUGGGGCAUGCAGGCAGACAGUUGAGACCAUUAUGAGGGCACCCCAGGCCAGCAGGAGCCUGUGAACGGCCAUAACACCCUCUCUGUCUACUCUCUAACCAGACAACCUUCCCCUCAGGUGUUAGGCCUAGUUUCUCUCUCACCCUUGUUAUGCCUCUUUCACUGCUUUGGGGAUAGAGGAACGUCCAUAAAGGGAAGCGAGAGGGGCUUCAUAUUGGGUUAGGAAGACAAGCGGUAUUUCCCCCUGCUAUGCCCCAGCUGACCCAGCCCCUACAGCCAUGAGCUCUGCCCUGUGGAGCCAGGAGAAGCCCAGUGGGGGCUUCAGGGAGGACUGGCGCUUCUACAUGGUGGUCAAGGAGUGUACAGUGGAGAAGCCCCCCCAGAAGACCUUGAGGAUCCCCCGGGGCAGCCUGGGACAGGCCUGCCAGGAGAGGAACAGCCUGGGGCGCACGCUGCCCCCCAGCAAAGGCAAGAGGAGCCUACGCGUCCUGGACCAGACCAACGUGGUGCUGAGCCUGGAUGAGCGGGACGUCCUGGAGCUGGAUGAGAAGCUAGCUGAGCUGCUGUUCCCCAUCACCAACUGUGAGGAGCGCUAUGCCCUGCUUUGCAACAAGCCCAGGCUGGAGCGGGCCAGAGACCUCGACUGUGGCUCCAAGGUGCGCGUGCAGCUGCGUUCGGGGGAUGAACCUUUGCCCGGGGUAGUCCGAUUUAAAGGAUCUCUCCUCCCAGACAGGGCUCUCUCCGGGGUCUGGUUUGGAGUGGAGCUGCUGGAGGAGGGCAGAGGCCAGGGCUUCACAGAGGGCUCCUACCAGGGCCGACAGCUGUUCCGCUGUGAAGAUGAGUGCGGGGUGUUCGUGGCCCUGGACAAGCUGGAGCUGUGGGAUGAUGAGGAAGAGGAGCUGGGAGAGCUAGAGGUGGAUCACGUCAUCCUGGUGGAGGAGGAGAUGGUUUUCCAUCCGCUGGAGAUCAACUCCAGGGUCCUUGUCCAGACCAGAGAGGGGCCGGAGAGGGGAACCAUCAUCUUCUGUGACCUGCUGCCUGGGAACGAGAGCCUGGGGUACUAUGUGGGAGUAGACAUGGACAAUCCUAUUGGGGACUGGGAUGGUGUUAUCGAUGGGAAGCUGCUGUGUAAUUUCGCCAGUCUGGAACACACCCGUCUAGUCCCCAUCUGUGACGUAAUGCCAGAAUACUCCAUGCAGGACCAGAGGCUGCAGAAGCACAGUUUUACCCCCAGAGGCAGCAGCAGUGACAAGUCCUCUUGCCAAAGCAAACCAAAGAGCAAAGUAGGGGAAGACCCUGCAAAGUCCCUCACCGACACGCCCCCUGACUUCAAUGAAACCACACCUCCUACCAGGGCCCCGCCCUCUGCUUCCUUGUCCAAUGACAACAAGUUCCACUCCCUGCCCUUCAGCCUGAGCCGUAAGACUGGGCCCAAUGGCAGCAUGAGCCAUGGACCCCUCUCGCUCUCUGUGCAGUCAGUGAUGGGAGAGCAGAUGCAGAUGCCAGAGCCCCCAUCCCCUCCCUCUCCGCAGCCCCCCUCACCUCCCAGCUCUCACGGGGGUGGGGGAGCGCCUGGUCUGGAGGUGGGGUCCCUAGUGGAGGUGAAGGAGAACCCGCCCCUGUGUGGGGUCAUCCGCUGGGUGGGGCUGCCCCCGGGACUACCAGAGCCACUGGCUGGCCUGGAGCUGGAGGAAGAGUGUGUUGGCUGUACAGACGGCACCUUUCAAGGUACCCGUUACUUCAACUGCGCGCCCAAGAAGGCCCUGUUUGUGAAGCUGAAAUGCUGCCGGCCGGACUCCCGUUUCCCCUCCCUACACCACUCCUCCAACCCCAUCGAGAGAUGCAACUCUAUCGCUUUCGGGGGUUAUCUGAGUGAGGUGGUGCAUGAGAACACUCCUCCACGCACUGAGAAUGACGGUCUAGACAUCAUGGUGGGCAAGAAGAAAGGUAUCCAGGGACACUACAACUCCUGCUACCUGGACUCCACACUCUUCUGCCUGUUUUCCUUCAGCUCAGUCCUGGACACAGUUCUGCUGAGGCCGAGGUCCAAGACUGACGUAGAGUAUUACCGAGAGACACAGGAGCUGCUACGCACAGAGAUAGUCAACCCCCUGCGCAUACAUGGCUAUGUGUGUGCCACUAAAGUGAUGAAGCUCAGAAGGAUACUGGAGAAGGUAGAAGCUGCCUCAGGGUUCACAUCUGAAGAAAAAGAUCCUGAGGAGUUCCUCAAUAUUCUGUUCCAUCACAUAUUGAGGGUGGACCCCUUACUCAAGCUGAGGUCGGCAGGUCAGAAGGUUCAGGACUGCUACUUCUACCAGAUCUUCAUGGAUAAGAAGGACAAAGUGGGCGUGCCAACCAGCCAGCAGCUCAUAGAGUGGUCCUUCAUCAACAGUGACCUCAAGUUUGCUGAGGCUCCUUCCUGCCUUAUCAUCCAAAUGCCUCGCUUUGGGAAGGACUUCAAGAUGUUCAACAAGAUCUUCCCCUCACUAGAGUUAGACAUCACAGACUUACUUGAAGACACUCCCAGGGAGUGUCGAAUCUGCGGGGGUCUGGCUCUGUAUGAAUGCAGGGAGUGCUACGAGGACGGUGACAUCACUGCCGGGAAGAUAAAACAGUUCUGUGAAAAGUGCAAUACACAGGUUCACCUCCACCCGAGGAGGAAGGCCCAUCGCCACGGCAAGUUGUCCGUCCCCAAGGAACUGCAAGAGGGUGUGUGGCGGCAGGGUAGCUUCCCUUGCCAGCGGAUGGAGCUGUUCGCUGUGCUCUGCAUCGAGACCAGUCACUACGUAGCGUUCAUCAAGUACGGCCACCAAGACUCUGCAUGGCUCUUCUUCGACAGUAUGGCCGAUCGCGACGGAGGGCAGAAUGGCUUCAACAUCCCCCAGGUGUCUCCAUGUCCGGAGGUGGGGGCCUAUCUGAAGAUGACCCCUGAGGAGCUGCACGCCCUGGACCCCAAGAGCAUCCAGGGCCAGGCCCGCCGUCUGCUGUGUGACGCCUACAUGUGCAUGUACCAGAGCCCCACCAUGAGCCUGUACAAGUAGAGCCCCUGGAGCAGGAGACUCCCAGACAGACAGAUAGACAGACGGCAGAGCUGCAGUCCAGGGCUCUCUCCCUGUGUCCCCACCUCCUCCUCAAUGCCUGCCCCUGUCUCCUCAGUCUACUCUGCCCAAAGUGAAGACUAUAAAAGAGAAAAGCUUAUUUGCACUGUGCAUUUGUUGAAGUGUUGUUGUUCUUGUUUUCCCUCUGUGGUGAACAACAAAACAAGCUGAUCUUGACGUCAGUAGCUUCCCUGUGCCUCGUAGCUGAGUGGUGGGGGACGGCGGUCGAUGGAGACACGAGAAGCCCGCUGAAUAUUAUUCUCUUCCUGUGGAGAGGAAGAGGAGAGAGAGAGAGAGAGAGAGAGGGGGACGGCAUGCUCGCCUCGGCUGACCAAACAUGCGAAACAAAAACAAGCCAUGUUAAUGGAAGGACAGAGGCCACCUCAUUUACCUAAAGCAGGGGGAGUCCUGCUUUUCUUAAUCAGUGUAAGAGAUGGGAGCGCUCCAUAAUUCAACUCAUAGUGGAAAUAAUGCCAUGUUCAAAACCCUCAACCAACUAUGUAUACGGUUUAAACAGCUUGUCUUAAGACCUCCUUAGUACCAUGAUCCAUUAUGUCAGAUGUGUACCACCACCAACAGUAUAUUUGUGUCAACCGAAUUUAGCAUUAGGCUCAACCAGAAUACUUUGGGUGGCAUAUUUCCCUAUUAUACCUUGUAGAUUUCAUGAAAGUGUGUGUGUGUUCCAAAUGGAUAUAUGGUAAAGGCGGCUGUAUGACAGUUCUCCAUGCAGUCAGAGGACAGGUCAGAUACUCUAAAGCCUGGCAGGUGUUUUUGAAUUAACAGGUUGUGGAAAUAUUCAACUGAAAUUUUAGAUUUUUCUUUUUUGUAAGUCUCAAGGCAUUGUGUGUCAACAAACUAAAUUAUUUUAUAUCUAAACUUUUAACUGCACUCAAGACAUAGCAAACUCCUGCUUGACAUGUGUCAUACUCAAUACUUAUCUAUCUGAUGAGACAAACAGUAUAUGCCUUGUGUCUUUUUCAUACAUUUGUGACAGUCAACUCCCCAACCAUGGAUCAAAAUCAAGUAACUUAAAAUACAGUAUAUACCUAAUUAUAUUUUAAUCUGAAUAUAUUUACAUUCUCGUAUUUUCUUUUUUGAAGGAAAUUUAAAAAAUAUAUUAAAUAUAAUUUUUACUCCUCCUCCCAUCUCUCACCAGAUAUUGAAGUGAGUUCUUGUGAUUCAUGCUGUCCCAUUAAUACUACUGAAUGUUACCACCAGUGGCAUGCUGGGUAGUGUAGUUUAAUGUCACAAUGAAGGCCUAAUUGGGUGGUUCAAUGCUUGUUUCCAGAUGACUACAACCUCCACAAAGCCCCAUUGUGAUUGUUUUCCCAGGGACCCUCAAAGGGGACAUUAUUACUGUGUGUGCUUGUUUCUGCACUGCUGAAGUUUAAUGCUCGUCACAGACAGACAGGAGGACUUUCUUUACUCCACUGGAGCAUGUGAGUCUCUGAUAUGGAUAUCUAUGAAUAUUGACUUGUGCAUCUAUCUUUAAAGUAUAUAACGGAUGCAAAUUAAUGUCAGUGCUGUUCUCGUAAAUGUUAACUAAAUUAAAACCCCUGUUUUGAAAAGUAUGAAAAGUGUUUAUUUGUGUGUUGGAGAUGUUUGCCAUGUGCCUGGCAGUUUGCUUUGUUUGGCGCGUCUGAGUACGAGUGAAUUGGGGUACGCUUGUCAUGUACCUUGAUUCAACUCUGGUGUCUGUGUCCUCACCUGUCACAGAGGUGCAGGGCUCAUUAGCAUGGUGUCUCUGCAGGGGCUCAGCACAGCGGGGAUUCUGCUCUGGUUGAUGCGUUUGUCAGAGAGACGGGGUGCAGAUGGGACUAACCUCCCCGUGGGCAGAGACACAGCAGCUGGACACUGGUCCGACAGGGAGCUCGAGGCCCAGACAGCACAUUAACACAAGGUUCUAUUUUCUUCUCUUUAUCACCUCAAACUACAGUCUACUGGAAAAGGCAGAAAUACAUUUUUUAAACCUAUCUCUGAUCAAUCGUUAUAAUAGUGAAAAGGGUAUGCUUUUUUGAGUUAGUCAUAACUCACUGGGCACAGACAUCAAUUCAAUGUUUAUUCCACAUGGCUCAAUGUUAUUUUAUUGAAAUGGCGUGGAAACAACGUUGAUUCAACCAGUGUGUGCCCAGCGGGUGCAUGGCUACAUUUCUAGCUUAGUGAGUGACUUGCGGUGCCUGUCUGUGAGGACUGCAGCAUUUCAAGCUCUUGAGAAAAGUCUCAUCUAUGUUUAAGCAGUUGUUGACAAUGUGUGAGCAAGUGGGUUUAUGCCUUUAGUCAUAGGCUUAUUACAAUAUGGGCCCCAGUUUAGUCCUCUUUAAAACAACAGUCAAUCAUCUGCUGUCCAGGAAAUAAAUACAAAUUGGGUGCAAUAUUCUUAACAAUAAAGAAUGACAGAUCAGUUUUAA